AUUUUAUUUUGCUUUAAAAUGUCUUAAAAGAAGCCACAAAUGCAAGUUGAGUAAGUUUUUGGAUUAGAUGGUGUAGAUAAAAGGUUCCAGAAAACAUAGUGAAGAAGAAUGCAAGAGAUACCAAAUUGAGAGAAGCUGUUGCUAAGAGAAGAACAGAGAGAUUAGCUGCAAACAAAACAAGAAGAGCUUAAUGGGAAAAGAAUGCUUAAGCUUAUGAUAACGAAUACAAAGCAGCAGAUAAGAGCCUAGUUGAUAGCUUACGUAAGGCAAAGAGCGAAGGUGGAUUCUAUGUACCAGCAGAAUCUAAAUUGAUCUUGGUGGUAAGAAUCAGAGGGUAUUGAAUUAUGAUAUAUAUUACAGUAUCAACACCUUGAAUCCACAAGUCAGAUAAACUUUGAGACUUUUGAAAUUGAGAUAACUUCACAAUGCAGCCUUUGUCAGAGUCAACAAGGCUACAAUUGAAAUGAUCAGAAAGGUCGAGCCAUAUGUGACCUAUGGAUAUCCAUCAAGAGCUGUCAUCAAGAAUCUGAUUUACAAGAGAGGAUAUGCCAAAAUUAAUGGUCAAAGAAUCCCACUCACAAACAACAACAUUAUUGAAUAAUAAUUAGGAAAGGUUGGAAUUCACAGCAUUGAAGAUCUCGUCCACGAGAUUGUUACAGUAGGAGCUCAUUUCAAGGAAGCAAACAGAUUCUUGUGGUAAUAAAUUCAUUAAUUAAAUUUUAAAGGGCAUUCAAAUUGAGAGGACCAAGAGGUGGCUUUAUUGCUAAGAGAAGAUCAUUCAUCAACUAAGGUGAUUGGGGAAACAGAGAAGAUCUCAUCAAUGAUCUUGUCAAGAGAAUGAUUUGAUUGAACAUUAAUUAUAUAUACAUUAAUAAAAAAUAUCAAUUAUCUAAAC